AUGACGGGCCCCAAGGCUUCCGCUCACAUGAGCGCGACGCUCCAGAUCUGGAGACGGCUCCGUGACCUCCGAAGCGGGAAAAGCACGAUUGUCCUCGACGGAAACAGCCUCGACGUUGCGUCCAUCGUCGCCGUCGCUCGUCACGGCAUCAAGCCGUCCAUCAGCUCGGACGAGUCCCUCGCGCGGCAGCUCGACCUCAGUGUCGAUGCCCUCGCCGCCUACCUCUCCCGCGAAUGGGUCGUCUACGGCGUCAACACGGGCUUCGGCGGCAGCGCCGACACGAGGACCAACGAGCUCGUCAACCUGCAGAUUCACCUUCUCCAGCACACGCAGAGCGCCAUCAUCACGGCGGCCGACAAGGAUCCGGCGAGCAACUCGGAGCGCGAGCCCUCGCACGUGAUGCCCCCCUCGUGGGUGCGCGGCGCCAUCGUCGCCCGUGCGAACCAGAACCUGAGGGGGCACAGUGCCGUCCGCAUCGCCGUCCUGCAGAGCCUCGUCGACCUGCUGCGUCACGACAUCACCCCCCUGGUGCCGCUGAGGGGCACCAUCUCGGCCUCGGGAGACCUCAUGCCCAUGUCGUACAUUGCCGGAGCCCUCACGGGUAACCCCGACGUCUUCGUCCAGGUCGGCGCCGGCAAGGAUGCCGAGGUGAUGGCCUCGCCCGAUGCCCUGCGCAGGAGCGGCCUCGCACCCUCGGGCCUGGGUCCCAAGGAGGCGCUCGGCCUCAUCAACGGCACGGCACCGUCCGUCGCCGUCGCCAGCCUCGUCCUGUACGACACGCAGAAGCUCGCCUUCCUGGCCCAGAUGCUCACGGCCUUCGCCGCCGAGUCGAUGGGCGGCAAUGUUGAGUGGGCCCAGCCCUUCAUCCAUGCCGCGCGGCCGCACUCGGGCCAGGUGGAAGCUGCCGGAAACAUUCGCCGCUUCCUCAAGGGAUCCGAGUUCGUCGUCGGUUUGAAGUCGAGGAAGCGCACGGGAGACGGCUUGUGGCAGGAUCGGUACUCGACCCGCACGGCGCCCCAGUGGAUCGGCCCCUAUCUCGAGGACCUUCUCCUCGCCCAGCGCCAGCUCGAGGUCGAGCUGAACUCGACGUCGGACAAUCCUCUCGUCGACGCCGCCGAGCGGGACGGCGUCCCCGGCGGCGAAGUCUACUCGGGAGGCAACUUCCAGGCCGUCGUCGUCACCUCGUCGAUGGACAAGGCUCGUCUUGCCCUCCAGAUGAUUGGCCGCAUGCUCUGGUCGCAGGUCAGCGAGAUGAUCAACCCAUCGACCAACAACGGGCUCGAGGCGAACCUCAACGCGAGCUCGCGCGAGAACUACACGAUGAAGGGCAUCGACGUCAACAUGUCGGCCUACAUGUCGGAGCUCGCCGCCCUCGCCCACCCCGUCUCGGCCCACGUCAUGUCGGCCGAGAUGCACAACCAAGGCAUCAACUCGCUCGCCCUCGUGUCGGCGAGGCGGACCAUGGAAGCCGCCGAUUUGGUGGCCCACAUGUGCGCCUGCCACGUCUACGUUUCCUCCCAAGCCGUCGAGAUGCGGGCGAACCACGUGCGGUUCCUGACGCUGCUCCGCGAGAAGGUGCUGAGGGACACGACGCCCAACGGUGCCCUGCACGGCCUCGGCCUGAAGGGUUCCGAGACGGAGAGGCUCGCGGCGAAGCUGGCGCCCGUCGUCGAGUCGACGUGGUAUCACUGGAACAGCAACACGUGGAAGGAACGCAUCUCGUACGUGACCGAGGCCGUCGUGGCGCCCGUCAUCGACUUCGUCGCCGCCGAGGAGUUGGAAUGUUCCAUGGCACAGCUCGCCGCCUUCAAGGCCCACUUCGAGAGCACCGUGUCCCGCGCGGCCGCCUCGAUGUUUUACCCCGGCUCCCCCGUCGGGCCCGAGGUCGUGGCCACGCAGCUCGGCGACGGCAGCGCCCAGCUCUACACGUGGCUGCGCUCGAAGCUCGGCGUGCCCCUGCACCGGGGCCUCGACGACGAUCCUCUGUACAACGCCACCAGCGGCCUGGCGGCCGAGGGCAAGAAGACGAUUGGCAGCUGGGUGAGCAUCGUGUACGAGAGCUUGGUCAAGGGUGGCAUGAUGGACAUGGUGCUGGACGGCGUCGAGUCUUCGAGGCGAGGACCGCGAACGGUCGACGAGUUUGCCAUGCUGUGCAGAGAGAUGGACAAGUAUUGA